AAAUGACACCAAAGAAGAUGUGUUUGUACACCAGACUGCCAUCAAGAAGAAUAACCCACGGAAAUAUCUGCGCAGUGUGGGAGAUGGAGAAACUGUAGAGUUUGAUGUGGUGGAAGGAGAAAAGGGUGCUGAAGCAGCUAAUGUGACUGGGCCCGAUGGAGUUCCUGUAGAAGGGAGUCGUUAUGCUGCUGAUCGGCGCCGCUAUAGACGUGGCUACUUUGGCAGACGCCGUGGACCGCCCCGUAAUUACGCUGGGGAGGAGGAGGAGGAAGGGAGCGGCAGCAGUGAAGGAUUUGAGCCCCCUGCCGCAGACGGGCAGUUCUCUGGGGCCCGGAAUCAGCUGCGCCGCCCCCCGUAUCGCCCUCAGUACCGGCAGCGGCGUUUCCCGCCUUACCACGUGGGACAGACCUUUGACCGUCGCUCACGGGUCUUUCCCCAUCCCAACAGAAUUCAGGCCGGGGAGAUAGGAGAGAUGAAGGAUGGAGUCCCAGAGGGAACGCAGCUUCAGGUUCACCGAAAUGCCACGUACCGCCCAAGGUUCCGCAGGGGACCUCCUCGCCCACGACCUGCACCUGCUAUCGGAGAGGCUGAAGAUAAAGAGAAUCAGCAAGGGGCCAGUGGUCCAAACCAGCCAUCCACCCGCCGUGGAUUCCGGCGCCCCUACAACUAUCGGCGUCGUCCCCGUCCCACGAACCCUGUUUCACAAGAUGGCAAAGAGACCAAGGCAGGUGAAGCACCAACCGAGAACCCUGCUCCUGUCACCGAGCAGAGCAGUGCCGAGUGACUCCGGCUCCUGGACACCUUCACCACCAACCAGCAGGGUGACCUAAAGAAUUAAUGACCAUCCAGAAAUAAAGCAAAAAGUGCACCCACGACCUUACAACACCAAAGAAACAUCCAAGCAAUAAAGUGGAAGAGAUGAACCAAGAUUUGGACAUUAGAAUGUUUACUGCUAUUCUCUAAGAAUCGAACAACUUCAGAGGGAUCGUCGUGCCAGCGCGUGUCCAUCAGGCUGCGCCCCAGGAACCUGCACAGGCACAGGAGAGCGCCCUCCCAUCCCUCCCAGUUUCAGCCACCACUAGCUUUGUAUUUUUUUCCUGGUUUGUACUGUUUUGGUAAGAUGAUUAAAAGAAGAAAUAUUAAUACCACAUGGGGAUUUCCCCAAACCAAAGAAAUCUGAAAUAUAUAGUAAAUGCUCUUUUUUUCCUUUGUUGUUUAUUUUGGAUGCUGGUGCUAAACUUUCCAAGUGUCAUGAUUUAAGAAGAAAUUUUGUGCCCUUAUUUAUUUCUAGGAUGAGGGGAGGAUAACAUUUUUGCUUUCUUAUGUAGCUCUCUGAAAAUGUGCAGUAACAAGUUCCUCAAAAAUAAAAAUUUUACCCUUUAAGGAAAA